UGUGGCCCCGCCUCCCCCGGUGCCCCCGGUCGCGGUUAUAGCGCGCGCGCGGCACGGUGGGGGCGCGUGCGGAGAUGGCGGCGGGCGCGGCGGGAACGCGCGCGCUCCUGGCGCUGCUCGUCUUGUGCUCGAUGGCCGCCGGCGCCGCGGGGACAAGCCCAGAUAUUGCUAGUAAUUUCCUUGUGGAUGCUGGCAAGGUGACCCUGUGGUGUAACAUGUCUGAUCCACAACACACCAUCACUGGCCACAAGUGGGUUCACAAGGAGAAGACCCUGAAGGAGGACAACGAGCCUGGUGCUUCCACCAGCUACACAUUUGAGGGCACGGUGGAGGAGCACUCUGGCAUCUACGAGUGCAUCUUUGAAGGCAACCCACAGACCAGAGGACAAGUGAAUAUUUCUGUUCCCCCCCAGGUGACAGCAUACAAGAAAUCAGAGCAUGGCAACGAGGGGGACACAGGGGUGCUGACCUGCAAGAAUCCCUCUUUCCCUGCUGUCACCACCUGGUCCUGGCACAAAAGUGGGCAUGGGCGCCUGGAGAACGCCUCUGGCAGGUACAUCAUCAAAUCCAGCGGCAACAAGACGGAGCUGAGGAUCCUGAAGCUGGACAUCGAGCAGGACACGGGGGAUUAUUUCUGCAACGCCACCAACGCGCUGGGCACGGGCGAUGCCACCGUGAACCUGCGCGUGCGCAGCCGCCUGGCCGCCCUCUGGCCCUUCCUGGGCAUCGUGGCCGAGGUGCUGGUCCUGGUCACCAUCAUCUUCAUCUACGAGAAGAGGAGGAAGCCUGAUGAGGUUCCUGACGAUGAUGAUGGAGGCUCUGCACCACUGAAGAGCAAUGCCACAAACCACAAGGACAAGAACGUCCGCCAGAGGAACGCCAACUGAGAGAGGCCCAGGUGAUGCGUAGAUGAAGAACUCGUCUGGACAAUUUUAUUUUCUUUUAUUUUUUUUUUUUUUGGUAAAAUAGCACCAUGGAAUAUUCUAGUGCGUCCCUGAGAUUCAGUUACUUCACUUUCUAAGGAAACUUUUAAGUUGUAGAAAUAUAAAAUACACUUUUUUUUUUUUUUUUUUAAAGAGUCGUGGGAGGGUUUUUUUUCUACCUGUAAAAUGUAAAAUCCUUUGUUCCUGGUAGUCUAGAUCUCUUGACUGUCUCUGUCCUAGGUUAUUUCAUGUUGGUACAGAGUGGGGAGGGAGGGUGGGAAUGCAGCUGUGUCCCACCUGCUUAUGGGAAUGAGGGAGGAGCUGCUUUGGUGGCUGUGGGGAGAUGACCUGAGAGGGUUCAGGAAGGGGUUUUUUGUGUCUUUCCCAGUGCAUCACCAGGAGCAGGGCUGCACCUUUUCCCUGGCCAGGGCUCCCUGUCAGCUCCUGCCAAGCUGCUCUUGGUUACUGUGCAGCCAGGGGCUGGAUGCUGGAUAAAUGAUUGCUGGAUAAAUGAUUGCUGGAUAAAUGAUUGCUGGAUAAAUGAUUGCUGUAACUUAUUCCAUGGGUUGUUCGUGUCUGUGCAGUGGGGAGGGGCAGGCUGAGCUGGGGCUGGGGGUGAUUUUAAGGUUUUAACAGCUUUGUGCUUUGUGCUUGAGCCGUUGUGAUUUGGGGGCUGUGAGCAGACGGGUGCUCAGGGGAGUCUAACACCUUUACUGCUGGUUAGCAUUGAGCUGUUCCAUCUGUUAACACUUCACAAAUAAAGAUGAUUCCUCUCUCUUUUUUCCA